GCACCCGAUGCGGCUGUCAGCUUCACAAGCUCAGGAUCUCGGCUCGCCGAAGCGCUGAAGAUGGCCAGCAGGUCCCUGGUGGCCCUCCUGGCGGCCCUGUGUGCCUGCCGGCUGGGGGUGCGUGCGGCGGGGCGCUCCAAGGUGAACCCCAGGAUCAUCACGGCUCCCCAAGGCGCGAGGGAGUAUGCCUUUCCGAGGAGCGAGAAGUAUCCCGUCUUUUACCACGAGGAGAACACCUCGGCCAUCUACGUUGGGGGAGAGGGGAGGCUUUACUACCACGACUUCGCGACCUCCGAGAACUACGUGGAAGAUUUCCCCGUGGAAAAUGGAGGACAGUGCUUGAAACCUGGGAGCCCGGAGGACAACAAAAAUUUCAUCACCUUAGUGGCGAAGCACGGAGAUGGGAUGUUGGUGUGCGGGACCGGCGCCUGCGCUCCCACCUGCUGGAACUUGACGCAGAGGCAGAAGGGCUCUCCGCAGGACGGCAGAGGUCUUGCUCCUUUCACCCCUGACGCGAAUUCCCUUGUGGUCGUUGACUAUCCUGACAUCUACUCCACCAUCAAGAAGAGCCAGCAGAACGGCAAGAUACCCCGCUUUCGGCGGGUCAGGGGGGGUGGAGAGCUCUACACAAGCGACACGGUGAUGCAGAACCCUCAGUUUGUCAAAGCCACCACAUUAAAGCACGAAGAGAGCCACCAGGACAAGAUUUACUACUUCUUCCGUGAAGACAACCCCGACAAGAGCCUCGAGGCACCCAGGAACAUCUCCCGAGUGGCCCAGCUGUGUAAGGAAGACAAAGGGGGAACCAGUUCGCUCUCCGCUUCCAAGUGGACCACCUUCCUGAAGGCCAGCUUGAUUUGUGUCGACCCCGCCACCAAGGGCAACUUCAACUGGCUGCAAGAUGUCUUCUUUGUCCCGGCGAGCAACUGGAGGGAAUCCAAAGUCUACGGGCUCUUCACCAACACCUGGGGAAGCUCUGCUGUGUGUGUCUACUCCUUCGGGGACAUUGACGACGUGUUUCGGACCUCCAAACUCAAAGGCUACAACGGUCCCAACCCAGAGAUCAAGCCUGGGCAGUGCGUUUCCUCUGGGCAGCACACCCCCAGCGAGACCUUCAAGAUCGCUGACAGCCACCCGGAGGUGGAGGACCGGGUGGAGCCCCUCGCCCCCAGCAGGAGCCCCCUGUUCCACAACAAGCACCGCUACCAGAAGAUCGGGGUGCACAAGGUCUCGGUGAGGGAGGGACAGCAAUACACCGUGCUCUAUCUGGCAACAGACAAGGGAUCCAUCCACAAGGUGGUGGAGCUGCCGGAGGGGGUGCAGAACAUCAUGGAGAUCCAGGUCUUCUCCAGGAAGGAGCCCAUCCAGUCCAUGAUCCUGGACCACGAGAGGGCGAUGCUGUACGUGGGCUCGGCGAGCAGGGUGGUGGAGGUGCCCAUGGCCAUGUGCGGGCUGUACCGCAACAACUGCGAGAGCUGCCUGCUGGCCAGGGACCCCUACUGCGGCUGGGCUGGUGGGCGCUGCCAGGCCGUCCAUCAGAACCCGGAGGUGCACCAGAACCUGGACCUGAACCCGUGGCAAGGAAAGUGCCAGAAGGGCAAAGUUACGGAAGCAGACACCUACCAGAACAUCACCGUCGUCCCUUUCUCCCGCUACUUCCUCAACUGCCCGGUGGAGUCCCACUACGCCACCUACAACUGGUACCACAACGACACCCUCAUCAAGACCUGCAACAACACCCACCCGCAGCCGGACUGCUUCUACUUCAUCCAGAACGUCAGCCACGCUCACUACGGCCACUACCUCUGCGAGUCGGAGGAGGACGGCUUCAAGCAGGCGCUGGUGAGGGAGCGCCUGGUGAACCAGCUCCGCUUCAUGUCGCAGAAGGGCCGUGCCACCACCACGCUGGGCUCCUGGCUGCCGCUGCUCCUGGCGGUGCUGCUGGUGGAGCUCCUGCACUGAGCGGGACGGGGAAGUGUUCCCACCUUCCCGGUGCUGCUGCUGCUCUCCCCGCGCUUCCCGUCCUGGUCCCGUUCUCGUAGGCGCUCCUCGGACGUGAAUCGUUGUCCCCAGGGGGGUCCUGCCGCUGCGGGCAGCAGCCCCUCGUCUUCGGCCUUGAUGGAAGAGAGAGUGGGAGAAGAGGCAGCUACAGGGCCAGGCGGAGCAGGGGAUGGGGGGGGGGAAGGAAGGGGCACCCAGUGGCACGGGGGACGCUCGCUGUGCCAGAAGCGGGAGCGGGGUGGCUCCUUGUGUGCCACUGCUCCCCGAGCGCAUCCUGAGCGUGCACUGGGCGCAGACUUUGUUCAGGGGACUAUGCAGAUGUGCAUGCACUGAUCCUCAGGGCACAAUGGCUCCUCUCUUCGGGAACCUGCAUGUGAUGAAGAGGAGGAGUCAGCCCUUGGCCUUUCGGACUGUUUGAUCUGUGCUUCCCUCCAAGUGGGGACUGACGCCUCCAGGGUUUUUCGCGGCUGACGCCUGCCCGAGCUGGCAAGCAGCUGGAUUUGCUCCCAGUGACACUCGCCAGUCCCCUCCUGCUCCGGGAGGGUUUUGUCCUUUCUCUGGCAGGUGGCUGUGCCCUGGGGGGGCAUCGGGGCUCACCUGCACGGAAGGGCAGGCACAGAGUCAGCGUUUUGCAUGGAAAAGGCUUGGAGGAUGACUAGCUUUGGGGUGUGGGGAGGGGACAGACCAAAGGGUCCUCGCUUUCCCGGAGCCUGAAAGGAGAGGUGGAAGCGGAGCCCCAACCAAACCCGGGAGGCCCUGGGAAGACGUUUAAACGCACAACUCUGCCGCAGGCAGCUAAGGGCAUUGAGCUAAGCAGCAGGCAGCCCUGCUCCCGGAGCUCCCUCCUCGCCAGGGACUGGGCUCCCUCAGGGAAAGAGGAGCCAGGCUGCAGAUCUCAGGGCGCUGCAGGCAGGCAGGGGGGCUGCAGCCACUUCCACCCGCCGGGAGCUGCAUGAGGAGCCAGGGGAGGGUGGCAGAUCCCUUCCCCUGGGCUCUGAGGCCUCCGAGCAAGACUAAACUGUGAAAAACGGGAUGCUCUCCCUGCGCCCGCGCGCACGGGGCGAUCCCGCACCUUGUCCGAGCCUUUCCCAGCCCUCUUUGAGUUCUGAAAACCCCCGGCCUCAGGCUGUGCAAGGCAGGGGCGUCGUGUCCAAUGCUUCUGCUGCCCCCUCAGAGGCUCUGGGUGGGAAGAGCACUGGGCGGGCUGUGCCCAGCCGAGCCCCGGGGUUUUUUGGCAAGGGGGAGAGAUGCCACGAGCGUCUCGUGACUAUGGACAACAGGCCAGAGCUUCCUACUGCACUACAUUUCCACGAAACCUCCCCGAGUCUAGGACAGAGCUUCUUACAUCUCUUCUCAAAGCACUUUAACUUUGUGAACUAACAAAUAUCUAUUUAUUAUCGAUGACUCAUUACCAUACUUCUAUAGUUUUUUUAAAAGAGAAAGUGGGUUCGAGUUCGAGAAAAGAGGAAGAAAAAAAAAAAAAAGAACAGCUACCAAAAAACCCUUUCAGACCUGUCGACCAAAGUGAGAAUGAGAUCAGUGAAAUAAAGAAUGGAAAAAAAA